CUGCCAACUCGAUCUGUCAAAGUCAAAAACAAUCUUCCUAUUUUCUAUAUUUUUUGUUUAGGAAAUCCACACACAUAUAACCAAAAUAUGGUUAUCAAAGUUUAUAUAAGCGGUAUAUCCGGCAAUAAGGAAGUGAGUUCAGUUUUUUAUUCAUUUAUAGACUGUUUUGUCAUGCAUCAUAAUCCACCUGUUACGUUGUCUAGGUGAAAAAACGCCAGCAGCGGGUUAUAAUGAUUCUGGACUCCAAGAACAUCAAAUACGAGAUAAUUGACAUAGCGGAGCCUGGAGCUGAAGAAGCUAAAGACUUUAUGCAAAACAACUCUACUGCUCUAGGUGCAACUAUCGGAGAUCCAAAUCCUAGGCAUCCCUUGCCACCACAAAUAUUCAAUGAUGAAGCAUACUGUGGAGACUAUGACAUGUUUGAUAUGGCGAACGAAGUGGAUGAAAUGGAAAAAUUUCUGAAACUCGAACCUAGCGACGCGCCCAUUGCACACGAGCCAAUGAAAAACGGUGAUGUCAAAUCUGAGGAAAAUGGGAAGGUGACUAAUGAACAAAAUGGAGAUACAGCGGAUGUGCAAGAUGAAGGCGAAACGAACAACAUCGAAAACGAGGGCCCAGUAGGUAACAAAGCGGACGAGAAUGGUGAUCAAACUGAACAAACCGAAAACGAGACUUCCCCAGAAAAGGCUGACGACGAAUAAAUAUAUUUUUUGAUACUAUCAACAUAUUUAUGUUAUCGUACUUCUAGGAAAAACGUACUGUACAUCAUCCCGGCUUUGAAUCAGGCAUGGUUAUGAAUUAUAGAACUGGUUUCGUGUUAGUUUAUAACCGUGCACAAUUUUAGACAUACAUCCAUAUGUUUAUCUUGAUAAAACACCAAACUAUUUUGAAACAGAUGUUUAUUGGUGUAUGUAUUUGACUUUUUUGCCUAAUAGACAUUAUGAUUUUCAAUCUUAUUAUUAAGAUACAAAUGCUAUAUUUAUUCAUAUAUCAAAUAUCCACGUUAUUUGCUCAGUAGCAGUAUCAUGAUAUACACAUAUUUUUAGCUUGAAGUAUUAAGUUUUGAUUUCGAUAUUUAUUGGGUGGUAUCUAUUGGCUUGCUUGAAAAUGAAAUUAUAUUUAAUAAUCCAUUAUUUCGCAUAUUGUAAAUAUUUUUAUCAUAUUAAUUAUAAUUUUCUUUUGAAUCUUAAGUGUUUUAUUUCUAUACAUAUUGUCAUGGUACGUACAGUAUAUAAAAUUGAAAGGGUAACAACUUACUUUUCUGGUAAUUCAUAUUGAAUACAGGAUGUUAAAACUAUUACACAAAUCUGCACCAUCGAAGUGACUAUAAAUGGCAACACUGGAUAGGUACUGCCUGCUUAGCUACCAAAACACACACCACUGGAUGAACACUUGCUAUGAUACUUAAAUUGUAUGCAAUUAAUGGUAACGUAUUGUAGAUUAUUAUUGCAUAUAAUUAUAUUUUAGUAAUAAUAUUGUUUAUUUAAAAAAAUAUACUAUAUGGCAUAUAAAAUGCAACACCCACAAUUAUAUAUUGAAUUUUGAUGAAAACGUGUAAACAUAUUUGCUGUCAUGGAAGUAUACGCUGAUAAAAUGUUGAAGGCAUUCCAAGCCGUACUCAUUUGUAAAGGCUUUUCCGUCAUAUCAGGAUGCCAAGAAUAUGAACAUGUUUACUUAAUAUUCAGUUAUUUUUCUGUGUUGCUUCCUUUUGGUUCAUUGCAUUAUCAUGCCUUGGGGUUGGCAGACUGCUGAUUUCGCUCAACUUUCCGAGUUUGAGAUGGGUCGGAUAUCGGGUUACGUGAAGCCGGAUUUUCUUUUAGAGAAAUCGCUAAUCGGGUGAAUCGAAACGAAGCAACCGUAAUGAGAUGUCAUCGAACGUGGUUCCAAGAAGGCCAAAAUCGAUGAGUUAGAGGUACUGGAUGUCAAAGACAGAGUACAGAAUCGUUAUUUGAGGCAACUAGCAUUUAGAGAUCGAUUUUCCACAAGGUCAGUUGCGAUCCAGAGGUUUGAUGCUGUCGGAAAGGCAAUAACAAUGAGGACAGUUUUUCGUCAAAUAAGGUCUUUUGGACUGUUUUCAUCUUGUGUUACCUCUGACCCCACAGCAUCGUCGGCAACGAUUGGUAUGGAGUAGGGAGAGACAUGAAUGGAAUAUCGAAUGGAACUCAGUCGUGUGCAGCGAUUAGUCCAGAUUCUAUUGCGGCACACAUGAUGGCCAGUAUUCAAUCAAACGGCAUAUUCAUCGCACCGUGGGUGUUACGGUAUGUGGUGUCCUUGCUUACGGCAGCAGGUCACGAUUAGUGUUCAUUCGAGAUAGCAUGACUGCCUAGCGCUAUAUCCACGAAGCUUUACAAGCACAUCUGCUUCCCUAUUUUUAAACUUUGCAAGAUCCACUUUUUCAGCAGGACAAUGCAUGACCUAAUGUCGCACGCGUUAGUUUAGACGUCCGGAGUAAAUCUGCUUCAGUGCCUCCUCGGUUUCCAGACCUUUCCCCCAUCGAACAUGUAUCGGACAUGAUGGAAAGAAGGUUGCAAAAUUCACCGCACCCUCCACAAGCAUUGGAUGCUCUACGAAACCAAAUUCAAAUCCAAUCAAUGCCGCGACGACUUAACGAAUGUGUAGCGAUCAAAGGUGCAUCAAAUACAUUAUUAACAUUAAGGUGGAAUAUCUCAGCUAUUAGUAUCGAGUUAAAAUUUUAGCCACUUUCUAUUUAUCAGUAGACCUAAAACCUGUAAAAGUAUGCUCGAAAUUACAGCACUCCUAGUCGGUGUUGCAUUGUCUAUGUCAUUCAGUAUAUAUACGUAUAGUACACAUAUCCUAUUUUCAAAUAUAUCCAAUGCCUUUUCAUGUGUAAGCACAUCUAUGUAUUUACCACGAAUAAAUUAUUAUUAUUAUUAUAGACCAAUAUUUAUAUAUUUGUUUUAAUAAUCAUUGAUAGUGAAAAAACCCUUUGGGUUAUGUCCGUAUGAAUAAGAGAUUAAAUAAAUAUAAUAAAUUCAUAAUUUAAAUUGAAAA